AUGGAUAGUCAAGGACCUGUGGAGGGCGACGAACAAGAGGACUCAGAUUACAUCGAGGUUCGAUGUUCGGUUUCGCAUCUCGACGACUACGAUGAGCACGCCUUGACAUUGCGGGUUCUCAUCAUAGCCCUCUUCCUCAUCACUGUGUCUGUCGGCGCCAACGCUUACUGGACCUUCCGCUAUCCAUCCCCCACCAUCACCACUGCAGUGGCUGUCCUGGCCGCCUGGCCUGUUGGCAGAACACUUGCGCAUUGGACACCCAAAUGGACGUUCCACUUCCCCAAGCUCUUCGGUGGGCAUGCCGUCCAGCUCAACCCGGGGUACUGGAGCAUGAAGGAGCAUUCGUUGAUCGCUCAGAUGGUGAUGGUCAGCCUCAACACACAGGCCACUUACCCCAUGUUCUCGCUAUCCGCACUCGACCUGCCGGUGUUCUGGAACCUGCGUACACCAUAUUCCUUCGCUAUCCUCUUCACGUUUAGCUCGAUUCUCUUCGGCGCCGGUCUCGCCGGUCUUGGACGACGCUUCCUCGUCAAGCCCGCGUCGAUGAUCUGGCCGCAGAAUCUGCAGAUCUCGCUCAUGAUCAAUGUCCUCCAUGCCGAGCCGGAACCGGAGCGGGGCCGGAUGAAUCGCCUCAAGUUCUUCUGGAUCGUUUUCGGCGUAAUCUUUGUCUGGCAGAUUGUGCCGUCUUUCUUGUUCACCGCACUUAGCACAUUCAACUGGAUCUGUUGGAUCGCUCCGAACAACGUCGCCGUCAAUCAUAUCUUCGGGUUCACAAACGGAAUGGCUCUAUUCCCCGUGACUCUCGAUUACACACAGCUCAAUUAUUUCGCUUCACCGACGCUAGCUCCUUGGUGGGCAGGUGCCAACCUUGGCGUAGGGUAUUUGAUUAUGUGGGUGUUUAUCGGUACGAUCCUUUACUUCAAAAAUGCUCUCAAUUUCGGUUAUCUGCCUUUCAACGGGCCUAGCAGCUCCGACAAAUUCGGCCACAGGUACAACGCUCCUCGGGUCCUCAAAGGACAAGAUUUUGAUCCAGAAGCCUACGAGAAUUACUCUCCACUCUAUCUGACGGUUGCGUCCUACCUGGAUUUCUGGUCAUCUCUCGCGCUUGCCGGCGCUCUCCUGGUACACACCUACUUAAACUUCCAGAACUUUAUUUGGAUGAAUUUGAGAACCGGCACAGCUGAGAUCGAUGAUGUCCAUGCGCGGCAAAUGCGUCGAUACAAGGAUGUUCCGGACUACCUCUAUGGCGUCAUGAUCGUCAUAUCCUUCGGCUUCGUCGUCGCUGCGGUUAAAAUCUAUGACCUCGGAUUGCCGGUCUGGGGCAUCAUCAUCGGCUACGCACUUGUCGGCGUCUACUUCCUUCCCGUUACUAUCCUCCUCGCUCAGACUGCUCUCGUCACAACUGUUGUCAACGUGAUUGGAGAGUUUAUCAUCGGGUAUGCGUUGCCCGGUCGCGCAAUCCCCAAUAUGAUCUUCAAAGCGUUUGUCGUGGGGUCCACACUCUCAGGUCAAACCUUCUCCCAAGCUCUCAAGAUGGGGCACUACAUGAAGAUCGGGCCGCGCUUCUCCCUUGCAUGCCAGCUAAGCGCGAUGCUAUGGGCAGAUGUGGUUCUAUUGGCCGUAAAGGAGCUCAUGACUGCGCGGAUCCCGGACCUAUGCUCCCACAAUCAGGCAUCUUUGCUUACUUGCCCAGGACAAAGGUUCUACUACUCUUCGAGCAUCGUCUGGGGAGUGAUAGGACCGCGGCGGCUGUUCAGCAGUACUGCCAACCGCAUCAGUCUAUCCUAUGCGCUCGCCGCCGGUGCGCUCCUCCCGAUUCCGUUCUGGUACCUGAAUAGGCGCUACCCACGCCGCAUAUGGAAGUUCGUCAACGUUCCUCUCAUGCUAUUCGGAGUUCCCUUCGCAAUGGCAGGCGACCCUGUAAACACGACUGCUUUUGUUGCCAUCAAUUUCAUUGCUCAGUACAUCAUCCGAAGGCGAUAUUUCCCAAUCUGGGAUCGGUACAACUACCUCGCAGGCGCUGCUUGUGACGCCGCGGCGGCCACAUGCGGGCUGUUGCUGUUCGUGUCUGUUCAGAUUCCCAACGUGACGCUUAACUGGAUCGGGAACAUCAUCUGGCAGAACACCCGAGACCAGGAAGGUCGAGGAUGGAUACCAAUCCCACCAUCCGGCAUCCCCUUUCCUUCGUGA